GUCAUAAAUUUAGAAUAUAAUAACAAUAAAUAAAUAUAUGUAGUAUAAUAUGAUGAUUGAUAAUAUCAUGUAACAAUGUGAUAACCGCAUUGAGCACGAAUGGUGGAUUUUGGGAGUUUCUAGAAUGCUCACCAAUUGGUGGCAUUUAGUCCUCUGUUUUCUAAACAAAUAUUUCUUUGGACGGUUAUGGAUUGUAGCUCAAUUGUCAUGCCUCGUUAGGUUUUUCUGCCAACCCCAUAUUGGUGUUGUCUGUAAAAUUCGUCCUUUUUCUGCAUAGGUUUUUCUGCCAACCCCAUAUUGGUGUUGUCUGUAAAAUUCGUCCUUUUUCUGCAUUUUAUACAAAUACAAGCAAUAUUAAGAAAGAGGAAAUUGCUCUUAAAUCUUUGAGUUUACAACAAAUGUUUUUAAUUACUUAAAUCAUAAGUCGGUUUUUUUUUUUUUUUUUUUUUCCAAACUUAUUUUAGUAAGUUUUUAGUUCGGGCCUGAUCGGAUUAGCUCACCUCUAACUACCACAAAAACCAUGUGUCUCCUCUUCAUCAAGUCUCAUUUUUCAGAAAAAUCUCCUUAAUAUUUUCAAAAAAUAAAAGAACAAAUUCUGACCGGAAAAAAAAAAUCUUGAAAAUAAUAUAUUGUGAAGCAACCUGAUACACGAGUAUAACACAAACAUUAAACAAUACAAAAGGUCACUAUUUGCAUACCAAAAACAAAAUGAAUAAGGUCCCUACAACCCUACCCAUGAUUUGGGACAUGUUCCUUGACUUGUAGGUUUGACUCUAAUGGUAUGUUGAAAGAUGAAUUAAUGGUUGAUUUGAGAAUUGAUUUUCAUGGACGACGAGUUUAAUACCUAAUUAUUAUCUAUUCAUCAUGUGAUUUAACCUGAAUUCUAUGUCCCAAUGUUUUGUUUUAUAAAAAAGAUGGUAGAUAUGAGUUUCACCCAUUUCUUUGUAAGAAAAAUGUGGAUAGGAUCCCAAUUGGUUCAAAUAAUCAAAUGUGUAUAUACACGAGUAAUCACGCAUAAACUUCAUUUGAUUGAGGAUGUCUCGAGUUCACUUCUCAUUGAACUUGAUGUCAAACAAGUGACCUUUUGCGCAUUUGAUGCCAUUAAGUAACUUGCAUUAUCUUAACCUAAAUGCACUAACAUCCUCUUGAAGCCCAAUUUUGAAGAUUAAAUAAAAGAACUCAUACAUAAUACAAUUCCACUUGUUGGAAUAGUUGACAAGCUACAGGUAAUGGAAUAUGCGUACCAUAUAUAUAUGCAUGUUGCUUUCAUGAGGAAACUUCGUGCCAAGUUGCUCUACAUGCCGUACAAGUCAAGUACAACAGACAGAACUUCCUAUAUUCCAACCCUAUAUAUAUAUAUAUAAUGACCUGAAACAUAGGCAUUACCAAGAGGUUCUCAUAUUUCAUAACAUUCAGUUCAAUACUCGUAUUGUAUUUCUUUAGUCUUUUUGCUUGACAACAAUCUACAUGAUGUGUCCUCUAAGCACCAACGACUUGCACCGUAUUUUCGAAAAUCUCGACAAGAAUGGAGACGGGCAAGUGAGUCUCGAGGAGCUCAAUUGGCUCAUCGAGAGAAUCGGCGUGCAAUUCAGCUUGCACGAGCUCGAGUCCCUCGUGGGAAAACCGAGCCUUGACAUCAACGAGUUCUUGUUCUUCUACAAGUCCAUAUCCAUGCAGCAAGGUGACGCCAGUGGCGAAAAUGAAGGCGGUGACAUUCGUGAGGAUGUCGGUGUUGAUGGCCAGGAAGAUGAAGAUGAAGAUGAGAAGGACCUUGCGAAGGCAUUCGGUGUGUUUGACUUGAACGGCGAUGGCUUCAUUUCUAGCGAGGAGCUUGAGAGCGUGCUGAGGAGAUUGGGGGUUUUGGAGGAGAAUAGCAGCCGGGACUGUAGAACUAUGAUUCGCGUGUUCGACACCAACUUGGACGGCCUGCUCGACUUUCAGGAAUUCAAAACCAUGAUGUUCCAAAAUACUAUUUCUUAAUUAAUUCCCAUGCUCCCCAUUUACAACUUUUUUGAAAUUUAAAGUGCAAGUAUUUGCAGCCCCUGCCCAGCAAUUCUUUAUAAUGACAAAUGGUUGUUUUUUU